GCCUACUGUAUCCUCCCCAUUCCCCUCCCCCCAACAAAACGGUGAUCGACGAUUUCGUAGUAGCAUACGCAGUAAUCUUGAACAGACGAUUUUAAUUGGCUGAUGUAUUCGCGGUAUACGAGACAUGAUUUUACCCAUUUCCAGUUUUGAAGUAGUACUGAGAUGCUUGAAUACGAAAUGAAUAGUCAACGGAUGACGGAUGGAGAUAAGGGAGAAAUAGGAAAUUGCACCAAUCCUUCGAAGUCGAUUGAAGUAGAAUUUGCUGAGAGAGGCUAUCCACCUGGAACUUUGGUUUGGGCAAAAAUUGCCGGAUUUCCCUGGUGGCCUGGGAUGAUUGAAGACAGCCCAGAUAGUCAACAAUUUUUUGUGGUUAAUGAAAAAGGUGAAGUAAAGUAUCAUGUUAACUUUUUUGGCGAGAAACCCAAAAGAAGCUGGAUCAAUGUAUCGAAAAUCAAGGAAUUUCACUCACCUGCAGUGAAAACUCCAAACAAGCCGUCCAAACAUUCGCCGACGCUUAAGAAAUCCAUUGAGCAGGCAGAAGAGGCCGCAAAAUUGCCCAUCAAAGAGCGUCUAGAAAAAUACAAGUUUGCUGUAAGAUACAUUGAACAAUUGGAGAAGAUAAAGGAUAAAAGUAAGAAAUCUUGUAGCAACAACAAGAAUCAGCCUGAUGCCAGAUAUCAUUGCCAAACACGUAUACUACGUAUUCGGAAAAGAGCUCGGGAAUCCAACGAGGAAACUGAGGACGGGAGCGAGUGGAUGGUUGAAAAGGCUAACCAUCGAUCUGCAUGCCAAAGUGAGGUGGAAGAAAAGUAUAAUAAAAUUGAGGAAGAGUCUGCAUGCGGAAACGAUCAGCAAUUAUCUGUAAACCACAGAGUAGCAGGCUGCGUGUUAGCCGUCAUCAGAAGUACUGGUAGGAAAGGUCAUCAGCGUUAUAAAAAAGGCAGACUCAAUAGAAGCAGUAACACUGAAACAGUCGAUAACAUAAAUGGAAAUGAUGGAGCUCAACCUGAAGGAGACGGCGCAUCCCAUCGGCGUUAUAAAAAAGGCAGACUCAAUAGAAGCAGUAACACUGAAACAGUCGAUAACAAUAAUGGAAAUGAUGGAGCUCAACCUGAAGGAGAUGGCGCAUCCCAUCGGCGUUAUAAAAAAGGCAGACUCAAUAGAAGCAGUAACACUGAAACAGUCGAUAACAAUAAUGGAAAUGAUGGAGCUCAAUCUGAAGGAGACGGCGCAUCCCAUCGGCGUUAUAAAAAAGGCAGACUCAAUAGAAGCAGUAACACUGAAACAGUCGAUAACAAUAAUGGAAAUGAUGGAGCUCAACCUGAAGGAGACGGCGCAUCCCAUCGGCGUUAUAAAAAAGGCAGACUCAAUAGAAGCAGUAACACUGAAACAGUCGAUAACAAUAAUGGAAAUGAUGGAGCUCAACCUGAAGGAGACGGCGCAUCCCAUCGGCGUUAUAAAAAAGGCAGACUCAAUAGAAGCAGUAACACUGAAACAGUCGAUAACAAUAAUGGAAAUGAUGGAGCUCAACCUGAAGGAGACGGCGCAUCGCAUCGGCGUUAUAAAAAAGGCAGACUCAAUAGAAGCAGUAACACUGAAACAGUCGAUAACAAUAAUGGAAAUGAUGGAGCUCAACCUGAAGGAGAUGGCGCAUCCGCUGAUGUUGAAGAGGUUCAUGUAGAUGAGACAAGAAAUCCAUCCGUACCGGAACCGUCUUUAGCCGAUGUCGAUGUCAUCACACUGUCGGACAGCAGCGAAGAAGUACCCACGCAUGCACAAGUUUAUGAGGAAUACAUGAGAAAGAAAUUCCCAUCUUUUGUGGAGAAAUCAAUGUGUGACCUUCACAAAGAUACGAACUAGUAGCUGUUUAUAUGUUGUGUUGAUGAUGAAAAUUAAGUUUUUAGUUUCUCAAGAAAUAAUUUACAGGUUCCUUUUAAGUUUUUUGUUGAAGAAAUCGCUAUAUAAAUUGCGUAAUAAGCUUUCAUAUCCAUCUGCAAAUUACAUUGCGAGUGAAAAACAUCUAUAUUCUAAUAUUCCAAAUCUUCUGUUAUCCGAUUGGAUUAUGUCCAAUAAAAAGUUUAAAUGAAGAAUUUUAUGUGGAAAAAAUGAUUUUGCCUAUUUUUUGUUUCUGUAUUUAAAUGUGCGCGCCUUUCGAUGUGUUAAGAAUUUUAUUAACCAUUUUGUCGAUUUGUUUCGUCAUAUUGAUGUUAAAAAAUAUCACCCCCCUUUUUUUUGUGAAUUCUUU